AUGAAAAUUGAUCGAUCGAAGUUAAAAAAAUAUCUGCCGGAACCACCGGCUGAUUGUAAAUUAUUUAUUGAUAAAUUAAAAAGUUGUGAUCGAAAAGAACUUCAUGACCUAUUAAAACCAAUAACUAUAUGGCAUAUUGGAAAAUGUGAACUAUACCAUUGGAUUGAUGCAUUGGAUUUAUUCGAUGCAAUUCUAGAAGAAGCUUGUAUAAAAUCUGGGACAUGGAUGCUCAAUUGUGACAAACCAGAAAAUGCAGAGUUAAAAAUCUUAGUACUUGAUAUUCUUCAUUUUACUGCAUUAUUAAUUGAACAUUCAUAUUCUCGUCAUUUAUAUAAUUCCAUUGAAUAUCUAAUUAUGUUAUUACAAUCAUCUGAUGUACAUAUUGUACUUGGUGUUCUUUCACUUCUAUAUGUAUUCAGUAAACGUUCAAACUUUAUCACAAGACUUCAACUUGAUAAAAAACAAGCAUUAAUUGGUCGACUUAUAUUCUUAGCAGAAACUUGGGGUGGACGUGAGAAUGGUUUCGAUUUAGCUCGUUGUUGUAGUGUUCGAAAUCCUGCAGAUUUUCCUGAACACGCAACAAAUCUACAUUUUGCAUAUACAGUUCCUUCUGAAUCAUCAACAAUAAAUGGUCCAACAAUGCAAACUCCUAAACAAAUAGAAAUUCCAAAUGUUCAUUUAGCUGGACCAAAUGCUGCUGCCGUUAUGGAAAUAGUUCUUGCUCAACAUACAUUACCUGAAGAUAAACAAAUCAAAUUAUUCACUCAUCUUCGUUUAGCUUACGCAUUUCCAUCAUUUGAUCAACGUUUACUAUGUAUACAAGCACGUUUACAAGCAUUAUCUAUACUUGUUUAUUCUGCUGCAAUACAAGAAGCAAAUAAUGUUCUCUAUGAUGGAUUAAUUGAGGAACUUGUUGAAGUCUUAAAUGUUCGAGAUUCAACAUUAACAGAUAUAAAAGCAUCCGCUUUAAAAACUUUAACAUCAAUAAUUCAUCUUGAACGAACAACCAAACAUCCACCACGUUUACAAGAGAUAAUUGAAGCAACACAAGCAAAUUCCUAUCAUGGAUUUUUACCAGCACUUGUACGACAAUGUAUUGAUAAAUUAACUGAUGAUAGUAAUGAAAGGUUUCCUCAAUCAUUAUCAACCGCAUUAUUUUCAUUUCUUUAUCAUUUGGCAUCCUAUGAAACAGGUGGUGAUGCAUUGGUUAAUUGCGGUAUAAUGCAAUCAUUAAUUAAAGUAGUUAAUUAUUAUGAUGAAUCUCAAGAUUUUAUCAUGUUUGUUACAAGAGCUGUACGUGUUAUUGAUUUAAUAACAACAUUAGAUAUGACAUCGUUUCAAACAAAUAAUGGUUUACAAGCCUUUAUUAAUCGUUUAGAGCAUGAAAUAACACAAUGUCGAAAAGAACAACCAUUUAUAAUUCGUAUACCAAAACGUAAUCAAGGUACACCAACAGCAAAUCUUGAUACACAUCCUCCAUUAUCUCCAAGUGCUCAAUCAGAUAUCUCAGGAGAACAUCCAUCUUUAACAACACAAAAUUCAACAGUACAUUUAUCGAAAGAUAUGGAUACAAGUGAAUUUAUAGAAGAAAAUCAUGAUUCAAUACCACAAAAUCCUAUACCAGGUUUAACAUGUUAUCAUCAACGUGCUGCAUUACUUAAAUCAAUAUUAAAUUAUUUAAAAAAAGCGUUUACUGAACCAACAAUGGCUGAUACAACACGGCAUAUUAUGGAUGGUUCAUUACCAAAUUCAUUAAAACAUAUAAUAAGUAAUGCGGAAUAUUAUGGUCCAUCAUUAUUUCAUUUAGCAACUGAUGUUGUUACAUCAUUUAUAUUUCAAGAACCAUCACAAUUAUCAUCUUUACAAGAUAAUGGUUUAACUGAUGUAUUAAUGCAUGCACUUUUAAAAAAAGAUGUACCAGCUGCACGUGAUGUUUUAGCAUCAUUACCAAAUAUAUUUAGUUCAUUAUGUUUAAAUACACGUGGUUUAGAAAAUUUUAUGGAAUAUAAACCAUUUGAUAAAUUAUUUCGUGUACUUUUAUCACCUGAAUAUUUACCAGCUAUGAGACGAAGACGUGGAACAGAUACGAUCUAUGGUACAGCAUCAAGUCUUGGUAAUGCUGUUGAUGAAUUAAUGAGACAUCAAGUUAGUUUACGUACAGAAGCAAUGAAAUCAAUUAUAACAUUACUUGAACAACUUGUUGAAUUAGGAAAUAAUCCGAAAUAUUGUUGUCAAAAACCACAUUCAUCAUCAUCAUCAACAACAACAAGUAAAUUAGCAGAUACAAUACGUACACAACAUCGAACUGUACGUACAACAAAUACAACAAAUACAAAUACAGCAGGAAAUGAUAGAAAUUCAUCCGAUGAUGAAUAUGAUGAUGAUGAAGCAACGAAUGAUGAAGCACCAUUAGCUAAUCGAUCAGUUAUACCACCAUCAGCAUUAUCAACAUCAUUGACAACAUCAGCAGCAGGAACAACAAUAAUACAACCAACAACAACAGCAAUGAAUACAUCAAUAUUAACAACAACAACAAAUGAAUUAGCAACUAAUAUUCCAAUACUUCUUAAUCAAACUUUAUUAAGUGAAAAUAAAUCUGAAGAUGAAACAAUUCCAAUAGCUGUACCAUUAUUAGAUUAUAUAACCAAUAUAAUGCGUUUUGUUGAAGGUGUUAUAAGUAAUAAUACAACAGAUGAUCAUGGCAAAGAAUUUGUUAAAUUAGGAGGUUUAAAACCUUUAUUAGAUAUAUUACAAAUGAAAAAUUUACCGAUUGAUUUUCCAUCAAGUCAAGCAUGUCAAUGUGUUGCGGCACUUUGUAAAUCAACACUUACACUUUUAGUUAAAGAUAAUAAAUUAAUUGAAAUGGUUAUAACAAAUCUUGAUACAAUAUUAAAUUCUUUAACAGAUUUCUAUUCAAAUCGUACAUAUGAUGGUUCAUUAUUAAUAGAAGAAUUAGCUCGUGCUGUAUCAUCAUCAACACCAUCAAUAGAUCCAAUUGAUGCGAUUAAUCAAUCAUCAUUAACACCAACACUUCAUCAAUUAUCUAUUGUUCAUUCACAUAUAUCAUUAUUAAUAUCAUUAUGUAAAAUAACACAAACAGAAGUUCGAAGUAUAUUAAUAAGUUUUUGGGGUGCUGAAACAGGUUUACGUGUAUUAAAAAAUUUAAAUAAAUUAUGUUUAACAUUAAUAUGGGAAAGUUCAAUUUUAUUAUCAUUAUGUUCAUCGGAAACAAAUAUGAUGGAUCAACAAUUUAAUAAAAAUGAUCUAUUAAAAUUAUUUCCAUUAAUCAAUGAUAUAACAAAUACAAUAUCACCAUUACAUAAUGUAUCAACACAAUUAAAUGAUUUAACAACAAAUGAAAUAACACGACAAUUUGAUAUUGAUGAAAUCAUGUCAAUGGAUACAAGUGAUUUUACCAAAUUAAAAUUAAAAUUAUCAUUUAAUAUACAACAACGUAUUAAAACAAUCAAACCAUUAUUAUGUGUUUCAUCAAAACUUGGUCGAGCAUUAGGUGAAUUAUAUAAUUUACUUGUUCGACAAUGUUCAACAUCACAAAUGAGACAUGCAAGACGUUUUAAUCAACAACCAACAGCAUAUACACCAACAGCAGCUGCUAAAUUUGUUGCAUCAACAUUAACUGAAGUAUUACGUGAUGGAUUUUCAUUUCAUUUACCAGCAAAUAAUAAUUUAACUGAAAGUCAAAUAGAAAAAUUUCGUUUAACAUUUUUUGUUUGUACAAUUGGUUUUGCUAUUCCAAUGUUAUUUGAUGAACGUCGUCGUCCAUAUAUGUUAAUGUUACAACAAUUUGAAUUAUCAAAAGCUCAAGAUGCAUUAUUUUCUGCGCUUGAAUGGACACUUGAUUUAAUUAAUCGACAAUCAUUAAUAACUGAUGAACAACAAUUAUCACAAUUAAAUAAUACAUAUGAUGCAUCACCAACAGAAUUUCUUAAUUCAGCAUUAAUGCUUAUAUUACGUUUAGUUAAUGUUAAAUCAAUACUUGAAUCACCACAUUCAAUACCUAAAAAAGCUCAAACAGAACGACAAUAUUUUAUACCAUUUAAUCCAUUACAUUAUUUAGCAUUAACACAUAAAUGUGCAUUUCAUAUAUUAACAAAUUCAUGUUCAGUUCUAUGGGAUAAACCAUAUUUAUUAAAAGAUCAUGCAACUAAAAUUAUUGAUAGUAUAUUAUCAAUUUUUUGUCAUAUUUUACGUGGAGAAUCACAAAUACAAAAGAAACUUCAAGAUGAAGAACAAGUACAACAAAAUGUACCUGUACCAACAUCAGCUCUUCCAACAAAUGACACUGCUCCACAACAACAACAAGUACAACAACCACCAGCACCACCACAACCACAACAACAGCCGCCACAGCCGCCAGUAGCAACAGAUACGGAUGUCGCUGGUUCAUCAAUAUUAAACUCAACUGAGGCUGCACGAUUAAAUGAAGAACGUAUUCAAUCAAUAACAUCGAUGGGUUUUUCACGUGAACAUGCUAUUGAAGGUUUAUUACAAACAAAUAAUAAUCUUGAAUUAGCUGUUGAUUAUUGUGUUAGUCAUCCACAAGCUGUUAUAGCACCACAAACACAAACAACUCUUCCAGAUAUGGAUACUGAUAUGGCACGUGCUUUACUUUUAUCAUUAGGACAAGAAGUUGAUGAAGCUGCUUUAGCUAAUCCAAUUGCUGCAUUAGCUGCUUUAUCAAGAGAUAAUAAUAACGCAAAUGAAAUUAAUGUAAAUCCGCCUUCAAAUCCUAAUCCUGAAUUAUCAUCAUCGUCAGCAGCAUCAACAAUAGCAGCGGCAGUAGCAGUAGCAGCAGCAGCAACAACAAAUCCAAAUGCUUCGAUAUUACUUGAAAAUUUAAGUCAACAAAAACUUCUUCUACCAACAAUUGAACCAUUAUCAAAAGAAUCUGUUGAUCGUUUUACUGAUUCUAUAAUGUUAAAAAUUCUUGAUAUUUUACCUGAUACUGUUUAUAAAAUGUGUGAACUUGUUGUAACAACAAUGCAUCGUAAUGGUAUAUCAUGGCGUGAUCAUUUUCUUGAAAUCAUUGCGAAUGAUAUAAAAACAAGUUAUUAUUCAUUAAUUGAUUUAUUAGAUAAAACAUCAUCAUCAUCAUCAUCUCAAGAUGAUCAACAAUCAACAAUGAUAUUUUUAAAUGAUCAUCAAAAUUCUGUUUUAUUUAGUCGAACAUUAUUAAUGUCAUUAUUAUUUGAAGAAAUGCCAUUUCCAUGUGCACGUAUUGUUGAAAAAUUUUCAUUAAUUAAUUUCUUUUGUAUAUUAAUACAUCGUACAACAAAUUAUUUAAUAAAAUUAAAUGAAAAAAAAACUCCAACAUGGUUAGCACCAGCAUUUAUAUUUCUUGAUUUAUAUGAAAAAGUUUCAUUAGCAUCAAAACGUCGUUCAAUUAUAAAUGAAAAUUAUCGUGAAUGUACACGUGUAUGGCAAUGGUUUGAUGAACGUGCUGUUCGAUGGAAUAAUUAUCCAUCAAUACAAAAUAAACAAAUUGAUGAUGCAUAUGCAAAUGGUGAACCAUCAUGUAAAAUAAUAAUACAACGACGAAAUUAUCUUAUACAAUUUAAUACCAUGUUACAAACAAAUGAAGAUACACAUAAUAAACGACCAAUUAUGCUUACAUUUGUUAAAUUAACACCAAAAACAAAUUCCGAUGGAUCAACACAAGUACCACCACCACCGCCACCAACAUUAUCAUCUGUUUUUUCAACAUCAGAUACAAGUGAUGAUGACGAUGACGAUGAUGAUGAUGAUGAUGACGAUCAUGAUCAUGAUCAACAUGGACGUGGAAUAUCAACAGGUCCUAUAGAAACGAAAAAAGUUGAAUCUAUGGAUACAGAACAACAACAGCAAACACAACAACCACAAAUUGAUACAACAAUAUCAGUUAUUGAAUCAUUAGCAGAUGAACAUGCAUUAGUAUUAACAAGUGAUUGUGUAUAUUUAAUACGUAUGCCAGUUGAUCCUGAUGCUAUUCAUGCAUUAUUACGUCUUAUAUUACGUUUAACACGUGAUUAUAAAUAUGCUCGACAAUUUGCUCAAUCUGGUGGUAUACAAGCAAUAUUAAGUUUAACACAAACAUCAGCAUUUCAAGGUUGUGCAUCAUUAAUAACAUUAAUAUUUCGUCAUAUUAUGGAAGAUGAUAGUAAUUUACGUUUAGCUAUGGAAAAAGCUAUACGACAAGCAUUAACAGGUAAUCAUGGUGGAUCAAUUGGUGUUCAACCUGCUUGCCCUGGUUCACAUGAACUUAAUGUUAUAUUACGAAUACUUGGUCCAGCUAUGACACGUGCACCAGAUAUAUUCUUAGAUGUUGCAUCGAAUGUUUUACAAUUAUCACCACCAUCAGCUAGUCGUUUAGCAGGUUCAAUGAGUCGUUUUACAAAUCCAUUUAUAACUGAAGAUGAACAUCAUAUACAAACAAAUUUACCAAUAGGUCCAUUAAUAUUACAAGCACGACCAGCAACAAGUCAAACAACAACGACACCAACAGCAGCAGCAGCACCGACACCAACAACAGUCGUAACAGGAGGAUCAGGAUCCGGAUCAACAAUAGAACAAAGUUCUCAAACACGUUUAGUUCGACCUGCAGCAGCAACAACAACAACAGCGGCAACAACACAAGAUUCUGCUGGAGAAUUAGCUGAACGUUUAUUAGUUGAUUUACUUGAUUUUCUUCUUACGAAUGAUGAUGCAAAUCCAAAACGUUUACUAUCCAAAUCUACUGUUUUACGUAUAUUAGCUGAAUUAAUACGUUCUUAUGCUAAUGUUGCUAAACUUGUAUCAACAAAAACAUUUUCAUUACAAGAAAAUCAAACAUGUUCAGCAUUAUCCUAUAUACUUGAUUGUUUAUUACCUGGUACAAAUAAUCAACAAUUAGAUUAUGAUAAAGAUAUUCCAGCAUUAUGUCGUCUAUUUCUUGUUGCUAUGGCUGCAUGUAAUCAUUGUUUAGAAUCUCAAAUGAAUUUAGUUAAUGAAGUUAAAAUGUCAUUAAAUAAAAUAUUGAUUUUACCUGAAUGUGAUGAAAAACAUAUGAGAUUACAAGCAUUAGCUAAUAUAAUUAAUACAAUGAUUGAAUCAUGUCCAGCACCAAAUACAUCACAACCACAACAAGGACAACAUCGUUUACCACAAUUAAUUAUAAAUAAUAUGAUUAAAAUCAUGUAUAAACGUGGUUUAAUUAAUGAUUUAGCUAAAAUGAUACAUAGUAUUGAAUUAUCAAGUUCAAAAUUAGCUGAUACAGUUAAUGCUGUUCUUAAACCAAUGGAAACAUUAUCACGUGCAAUUAAUUAUGCAACAUCAUUACAUGUUCCAGCUGCUUCUCGUCCACAUACAUCAAGACAUCCAACAAUAACAGCAACAAAUCAAACAAGUACUUCAACUAAUCCACCAUCAACAACAGCAAUGACAACUACACCAGCAACAACAAUAACAACAGAUUCACUCAGUUCUAUUCAAGAUCAAAUGUCUCAAGAUCAAUUAACAAGAACAAUAAUUGAUUCAUUACAAUCUGCUGCAGAACAAGAGCAACAACAACGACAACAAAAUCAACAACAACAAAAUCAACAACAACAACAGCAACAACAUCAAACAUCACAAGAUUCUACACUUAUAUCUACGAAUGAAGAAAAUCGUUCAUCAUUAGAUAAUACAAAUACAAAUAAUAAUAAUACAUCACUUAAUUCAGCUAAUCAAGUUUUAUUAAGUAUUAGUCAAGAAGAAUUAUUAAAUGCAACUGAUAUGGAACCAGUUGCUGGUUUACCACAAGAUGUUGAUAUAUUUGAAAGAAAUAUGCAUGGAGCAACUAGACUUUCAACUGAUGAUGAUGAUGAAUGUGAUGGAGAUGAUGAUGGAGCAAGUAUUGAAGAUGAGGAUGAUGAAGAUGAUGAUGAUGGAGCUGUUGGAACAAUUAAUGUUGAAUUUGAUGUAGCACAUCCACUUGAUGAUACACAUGAACAUGCUACUAGUUCAAGUUCUACAACAAGUGGUGAUCAAGAAGAUGAUGAUGCAGAAGAAACCGAUAGUCCAGAUGAAGAUAUCGAUAUGGAAAGUGCUAAUGGAAAUGAUCGUGAACCACAACAUCGUUAUAGUGAUGAUGAUGAAGAUAUUACUAGUGAAGAAGAUGGUGAUGUUCGUUUAACAGGUCCACAAUCAUCAGGUGAACAACAUGAUGAUGAACAUGAUGAUGAUCUUGAUGAUGAUAGUGAUAAUACAGAAAGUGAUGAAACUCAUACAGGAGAUGAAUUAGAUGAAACUGAAGGUCCAACCAUCGAUAUUCAUAUUGAAACAACAUCAAGUCAAUCAACGGAUGAAAAUUUAGCUGGUGAUAAUGAACGAAAUGAUCAAACAAAUGAAACAAAUGAUAAUAUUAAUGAUGAUACAACCAAUAAUAAUAAUAAUAAUCAAGAAGAAGUUGAGGAUGAUGAUGAAGAUGAUGAUGAAGACGAUGAUGAAGAUGAAGAACAAGAUGAAGAUGAUUUUGGUGAAGAUGAUGAUGCUGCUGGAGAAGAUAUUGAAGAUAUGGUUGAACGUGAUAUGGAUGCAGCAAAUGCUUGGCAAGAUGAUGAAGAAGAAGAUGAAGAUGAAGAUGACGAAGAUGAAAGUACAGAAUUUGAAGAUGAUGAUGGUGAUAUUGCUGAUUAUGUGAAUGAAAUGGAAUUUGAUGAAGAAGUUCUUUCUGAAAUUCGUGUACGAAUUCGUGCAACUGGCUUUCCAUCACUUCAUGGUAUUAAUGACACAGUUGAUCCUGCUCUUCCACCACCACCUAUGAGUGUUCCUGCAUUACAUCCAUUACUUGUUCAUCAUGCUGAUAAUCAAUUAAGUUCAGGUGCUUUUUCACGUUUUCGUCAAUUAGGUACAACAGCAACAACAACAACAACAGCACCUAAUCAAACAAAUUUAAAUGUUUUAUCUACACAAGCAAAUCCAUCAACAACAACAUUAACAUUUGGGCAACAAAAUGGACCAACAACAACUAUACUUACUGGACAAGCAGCAUUAGCUGCACAUCAACAAAUAGCUCAACAAGCACAACGAAAUCGUACAACUCGUACAUUAUUUAUUCCAGGUGGUACAACCACAUUUGGUCGUGCAGCAGCAGCUGCUGGUGGUUUUGCUGAAUAUCUUCAACAUGUUAAUCAACUUGAUGUUGAUCCAUUAACUGGUCCAACAACAACAAAUGGUAAUAUACAAGGUACAACAACAGCACGUAUACUUGUUGGUAAUGGUGCUGAUCCUGAUGCAUGGAGAUUUUUACAUGAUCAAAUAUUAAUGGAUAUUGCUCCACAAGCUAAUGAAGGAAAUGAAAAUAUUGAUGGAACAAAAAUCUAUAUGAUACGUACACCAUUAGCACGUUGGAUGGAAGAAAGUAUUGUACUUGAUGGACCCUAUGUACAUGAUACUGUUUUAGCAUUAAAAUCGAAAAUAACUGAACCAUUAGAAAAACAAUAUGAAUCAGAAUUACAAGUUGUUUUAGCUAAAAAAGCUAAAGAUGAUGAAGAACGUAAAAAACGUUCAGAAGAAAAAGCAAGACAAGAAGCUGAACGUGCACAAGCAGUUGCAGCUGCUACAGCUGCCGCUGCUGUAUCGACAUCAACGACGAAUGAUCAACAACCAACAGAAAAUGCAACAGUAACAACAACUGAUAAUAUUCCAGAACCAAUCAUAUCAGUAACAUCAUCUGUUGAUGAAAUUCAACAUGUUAAUGAUAUUGCUAUGACUUCACCUGAACAACAACGAUCAACACAAAUACCAUCUGUUCUAGAAAAUGCUCAGGAUAUUAAUACAAGUUCAACACAACCAAUAAAUGAUGAAUCAACAUUAAUAGCUCUUCAAUCUGGAGAAACAGUUACAAGUCCAUUACCUACUGAAAAUAUGUCUACAGGUGGUCAAUCACCUGGUCAAUUAGCUACAUCACCAACAACAUCUAUGGAAAUAAAUCAUCCAUCACCACCAAAAGAAACUUCAACUGAACAGCAACAACAACAAGAAUUACCAACAACUACAGAAUCAACUGCAGCGACUUCAUCUACUGAACCAAUUUCUUCAACAACAACAACAACAGCAACAACUGAACAAUCAACUCCUGUACCACCAGUUGAACCUGAAGUUGAAUGGACAACAUUAGUUAUUGAUGGUCGUGAAUUUCGUGUUCCACAAGCAUUAGAAAUAGAUCCAUCAUUUCUUGCUGCAUUACCUGAAGAAAUGCGACAAGAAAUUUUAACUGAUCAAGUACGAAAUUUUGAACGUCAAGAAAGUCAACGACGUGCACAACGUGCUGCUGCAUUUGCAGCUGCUAAUCCAACAGCUAAUUUAAAUCCUCAAUCAACUGAAAAUCCAACUAGUGAUAAUUUUCCUGCACGAACAAAUCAAACAGCAACGGAAGCUGUUUUUGGUGAAAUGCUUGGUGAAAUCAAUCCUGAAUUUAUUCAAGCAUUACCACCUGAAAUUCGUGAAGAAUUAUUAGCUGAACGUCGUCGUACAGCAGCUACAAUGGCUGCUAUGAGUGGUGUUAAUCUACCUGAUAGUGGUCCUGCCGAAUUUUUACGUACAUUACAACCACAUCUUCGUCAACAAGUACUUGCUGAUAUGGAUGAAAGUCAAAUUGGUGCAUUACCUGAAGAUAUGGCUAAUGAAGCUCGUGCAUUACGUGCUGCAAUGGAAUCUCAACAACAACAAUAUUUACGUGAUCGUAUGGUACGAAAUCAUCAUGAUAUGAUGAAUAUGUUAACAAAUAAUACUCAUCAUAGUACACGUCCAAUACGUAUGUAUAAUUUACGUGCAUUACAAGAAGCAAGAAAUAAUCGUGCUGAUCGACAACCAACAAAUUGGUAUUCGUUACGUACAGGAACAAAUACAGGAGAUAUAAAUAGUAAUACAGCAGCAAUAGGUACACGGGGAAGACAAUUACUUGAUUAUGAAUCAAUAUGUUGUUUACUUGUUUUAUUAUUUAUUGAUGAUACACGUUUAAAUUUUGCACGUUUACAAAAAGUUUUAAAAAAUUUAUGUCAUCAUACACAAACACGACAAUGGAUUGUAAAAGCCUUAUUAUCAAUAAUUAAUAAAAGUACAGGACGAGCUGAAUAUGAUGGACCAACAUCAACACCUGGUGCACCAACACUUAUACUUAAAAAUCCAUCAACAAAUAAUCAAUCACAAACAACAACAACAUCAUCAUUAACAAAUAGUGUUGGAAAUGAAAAUCAACAACUUAAAACUAUACAUCCAUCAUGGUUAACAAUUAAUUUUGAAAGUGCAUUUGGUGCACGUACAAAUGUAUUUAAAAUUCAACGUCUUGGUAAUACGAAACGUCAUGGAUCAAUACAAAUAUCUGUUCAUGCUCAAGCAUGUCCAAUUGUUUGUCGACAAGUACUUGAUUCAUUAAUACUUUUAGCAAAAAAUUUUCCUGAACAAUUUCUUCCAUUACCAUUAAAUCAUACUGAACAACAAACAACAACAGCAACAACAACAACCACAACAACAAUUGUUCCAUCAAAUGAUCAAACAACAAAAAUGAAUUCACCUGAUAAACAAUUAACACCAACACCAUCAAAACCAUCACCAAAUAUACGUGAUUUAUCAUUUUGGGAAUUAUUACUUAAAUUAGAUCAAUCAUUUAAUAGUCGUACAAAUCGUUCAUCAACAAAUCCAUUACAAAAUAUUUCAUCUAUUGUUAUUACAAAUUCAAAUUCAAAUAAUAAUCAACGAACAUCAUUAUCAUUAAAUAUAAAUACAAAUAAUACAAAUACGAAUGAAAUUGAUUUUGAAUCAUCACCAUUAGCAUCAUUAUUACUUAUGCUUGAUCAUCCAAUAUUAAAUAAAAAUACACAAUUAAUGGAUAAAUUAUUUAAAUUACUUUCAUUAAUUUCACAAAGUUUUCAAAUACAUAUUAUAACAAAAAAAGAUAUUUCACCAUCACCUUUAGCAACAUCAACACCAAUGACAAUCGAACCAAUAAAUCCACUUCAACAGCAACAACAAGCACCACCACCGCCGCCACCAGCAGCAGCAGCAGCACAGCAGCAACCACCACAACAACCACCACAACAAAAUAAUCAAGCAUUGUCAACAAAUACAACUAAUAAAUUAGUUGUAUCUGAUGAUCAAGUUAUUUUAGGUUUACAAUUAGAUUUAGUUAUUAAAGCAUUAAUAUCAAAAUCAUGUACGGAAGAAGGUCUAGAAUUUGCAACUACACUCUUAUUAAAUGUAUCCAAAAUUAAUCAAGCUACAAGAGAUAAAGUUUUACAUUUAUUACUUAAUGGUAUUCGUCUAUUAGGAAAAGAUGUUAGCGAAGAAAUUAAACAAUUACUAUGGGAAGUUCAAGAUUAUCUAUCGAAAAAUAAAUUAAAUAUUCCAAUAACGAAUGAUGAUGAAUCUUCGAAUACACCAUUUGAUGAAUCAUCAAAAUUAUUUGAUUCAUAUAAAAGUAUACGUUCAAAUACACUUACAUCCAUCAAUAAUGAUCCAAAUGCAAAACAACAAGAUUUACAAUUACCCGCAAUGGUUAUGUUAACAUCUAAAACAGCUAAUCAACAAUUUCUAUUACGUAUACUUAAAGUUAUUAUCCAAUUACGUGAAGCAACUAAAAAAGAACAACUUGAUGCUCAAACACAUUUUGAAACUGAACUUCAUACAUUAACACGUCGUCUUGAUACAUUACGUCAAUCAUUACGUUCACAUUUUCCUCCAUCCGAUAAUAAUUCAACAAAUCAACAAAAUGAUAUACUUCAACCAAUUGAUGAAUUAGCUAAUCGUUUAGAACAAAUGCGUACACGUUUACAAACAGUUUUAAAUUCAAAUACAAUUGAACAACGUCAACAAAUCUUUUCUCAACAAGAAACAAUUAAUGAUAUACAAGAUAUCUAUCGUUUAAUACGACAACUUGAAUCAUUAAUUGAAAAUUUUCAUGAACCACCAUUAUCAACAACAAUGACAACACGUAUAAAUGAUGUUUUACAGACAAUUCCACCAUUAUUUCCACAAAUCAAUGAACCUAUGGAUCUUGGACAAUUCCUUCCAAAUCAACAAACAAAAUUAAGUGAUUUAUUAAAUAUAAAUCAAUUAUGGGAUUCAUUAAGUGAUUGUCUGUUAUCAUUAGCUAAAUUACCUGAUCCACAUGCUGUUUUAGUACUUCAACCAGCUGUUGAAGCUUUUUUUCUUGUUCAUGCUGCUGAUUUAGAUAAUGAAAAUGAAAAACAAAAUAAAAAGAAAAAAGAUCGUGAACAACGUGAAGCAUUAUCACAUUUAGAAUGUUUUGGUCCAGCACCAACAACAACACCAGCUGAUCGUGGUGCACCUGAUGAACCUGUUAUUGCACCAUCAAAUACAACAACAUCAGCAAAUGAUUUAACAUCACCAACACUUGUCUUACGUACAGGUGGAUCACAAACAUUAUCAACAAAUGAAUUACCAUUAGAUGCACAAAAAUUUGUUGAAUUUGCUCGUACACAUCGUACAGUAUUAAAUCAAAUUUUACGUCAAAGUACACAACAUUUAAGUGAAGGACCAUUUCAUAUAUUAACUGAUUAUACAUCUAUACUUGAUUUUGAUGUUAAACGAAAAUAUUUUCGUCAUGAACUUGAUCGUUUAAAAGAAAAUAUACGUGGAGAAGAUUUAGCUGUACAUGUACGACGUAAUCAUGUAUUUGAAGAUUCCUAUAGAGAAUUAAGUCGACGUACACCAGAAGAUUGGAAACAUCGAUUUUAUAUCGUAUUUGAUGGUGAAGAAGGACAAGAUGCUGGUGGUCUUUUACGUGAAUGGUAUUCAAUCAUAGCACGUUCAAUGUUUGAUUCAAAUUAUGCUCUAUUUAUGAUAAAUCCAGGUGAUCGUGUAACAUAUAUGCCUAGUCCAUUAUCACAUAUAAAUACAAAUCAUUCACAAUAUUUUAAAUUUAUUGGACGUAUUAUAGCUAAAGCUAUAUUUGAUAAUAAAUAUAUGGAUUGUUAUUUUACACGUUCAUUUUAUAAACAUAUACUUGGUAUACCUGUACGUUAUACUGAUAUGGAAUCAGUUGAUCUACAAUUUUAUAAAAAUUUAGUUAUGUUAUUAGAAAAUGAUAUUGAACAAUUAGGUUUAGAUUUAACAUUUUCAUUAGAUGCAAGUGAAUUUGGUGAAAAUAAAGUUAUUGAAUUAUUACCAAAUGGUUCAAGUAUAAUUGUAACAAAUGAAAAUAAACAUGAAUAUGUUCGUCUUGUUUGUCAAGAGAAAAUGAUUGGUUCAAUAAGACAACAAAUAAAUUCAUUUUUAGAAGGUUUUUAUACAAUUAUACCUAAAAGUUUAAUAUCAAUAUUUAAUGAACAAGAAUUAGAAUUAUUAAUAUCUGGUUUACCUGAUAUUGACAUCGAAGAUCUUAAAGCAAAUACUGAAUAUCAUAAAUAUCGACCAAAUUCUUUACAGGUCCAAUGGUUUUGGCGUGCAUUACGUUCAUUUGAUAAAGAAGAUUUAGCAAAAUUUUUACAAUUUGUUACAGGAACAUCCAAAGUUCCAUUACAAGGUUUUGCUCAUUUAGAAGGUAUGAAUGGUGCACAAAAAUUUCAAAUACAUCGUGAUGAUCGAUCCACGGAUCGUUUACCAUCUGCUCAUACUUGUUUCAAUCAACUUGAUCUACCGGCAUAUGAAAGUUAUGAUAAAUUACGUAAAAUGCUUUUAAUUGCAAUCCGUGAAUGUGCGGGCUUUGGAUUUGCGUAA